AUACUCCACUUACAAAAAAGUUAAGCCUAUUGCUCAAUCUUUUAUGGUUAAAACUCAACGAUUAUAUUUUUGAGGUUUACCUACAAUAUGUCUACACCAUAUGCACCUUUUAUAUAUUUACAUCCAUAUUCUCGAAAGUGGAAUGUGAAAGCCCGGCUUAUCAGAUCGUUUGACAUUCAAAAUAUGAGACAUGGUCGAAAAAUAUAGAAAAUGAUUUUAAUUGACGCUACGGGAGAGCCAAUUCAAUGUGUCAUAUUCUCAAAUGAUGUCGAUCAGUUUGUUGGAAAAUUACAGGAGGGAUUGGUAUAUUCCUUUGAAGGUGCACAUGUAAUUGAUGCCGAUGAUUGGUUAAAGUUAAUACCAAAUCAAUACCAAUUGAAUAUAACUCGAGAAACAAAGGUGUCAGUUAUUGAUACAAAUGAUGACGAAUUCCCAAAAAGUUUCUACAAUUUAAUUUCCCUACAUGGUGUAAAUUCCUUCAAAAAUUUCGCAAAAAAUUUGAUAGUUGUCAUGGGAAUUAUCAUUUAUUCAACUGAAACUAUCGCGAUUGACAAUGGAGAAAGUAUUAAACAAGACAUUGUUAUACUCGACCAAAGCAAUUGCUUUGCUAUGAGAUUGACCAUAUGGAAUGAUUUUGUGAAUGAAAUCGGCAAACACAUUUUGGAAAACAUUCACCAAAAUAACAUCUUGCUAGGGUGUGGGCUACAAAUUAAAUACUUUAAUGGGUCAUUAUUUUUAACAACAGGCAAAUACACAAGGUUGUAUAUAAACCACAAUGAUCUUACUUCUUCUAGCUUGAUGCAGUGGUGAGUAUUUUUUUUCUUUACUUUUAAAAACUUUCGUUUCUUUGAUGAG